UCCCGUUUAGUGGCUCCGGCGCGUAAUUUCGCUGUUCGUAUAAGCGUUGCUUCUCAUUACCGUUGGUGGCAUCCCAAAGGUAGUAUCUGUGCCUCGCGACGGAGGAGCGAAGUCUCCCGAGAAUUAUCGACAAAGUUUUCGCAAACGUUCCCAAAUACUAUUUAAAAGGGCUCAUUAGUGAGAAAAUGGCAGAAAAUCGUCCGAUUGACAUCCUUGUGUUGGGAGCCACCGGAUUCACCGGUCAGCGUGUUGUGGCGAAGCUCGUGGAAAUCGCAAAGCAACAUGGUCAAAUCCGUUGGGGUGUCGCUGGACGAAACCUUGAGAAGCUCCGAGCAGUGCUGAAGGAAGCCGCUAAAAAAACCGGUGAAAAUCUAGAAAACAUACCGAUAGUGAUUGCAGACGUUACAGAUGAAAAAAGUUUGGCAGAUAUGGCCUCAAAAACAAAAGUUGUUAUCAACGUAUGUGGUCCUUACGCGUUUUAUGGGGAGCCUGUGGUCAAGGCUUGCAUAAAUAGCGGCACGCAUCAUCUUGAUGUCAGCGGGGAACCACUGUACAUGGAAAGUGUUCAGUUGAAAUACCAUGCUUCAGCUGACGAGAAAGGAGUUUACGUCAUCACUGGUUGCGGUUUAUCCGGCGUUCCCGCCGACGUAGGAACUAUUUUCCUGCGAAAACAGUUCGAUGGAGCUCUCAAUUCAGUGGAAAUUUUCUUGUCAGCUGAGGAGCAACCCUCCAGUGAGAAAAAUAAAAGCUCAGCAAUUGGUCACUACGCUACAUGGGAAAGUGCAGUGAACGGACUGCCAUUAGCGAAGGAAUUGAAAGCUGUCAGAUCUAGAUUAUUCUCUAAAAAGAUGCCAGUGCAUAAGCCUCGGUUGGAGUCCAGGUUUCCAAUCCACAAAAAUGCCUUGGUUGGAGGUAAAUGGUGUUUACCGAUGAAAGGAGCCGACAAGUCUAUAGUUGUGCGCUCCCAGCGCUACCUUCACGAACUAUACCGGGAAAUACCUGCCCAAGCUGACGUCCACGUUGCGAUUCGCGACUUUGUGUCCAUGUCUAUCCUGGUUUUCUUCGCACUCAUAUUUAUGCUCUUGGCGAAAUUUUCCAUCGGCAGGAGUCUUUUACUCAAGUAUCCUAAGAUAUUUUCGAGGGGUUGCUUCAGUCAUGAAGGACCAACUGAGGAAGCCCAGAAGAAUAGUGUGGUCUCAUUUACUUUUUUCGGCAGGGGUUGGUCACAAAAAACUGGACCUGCCGCCACCCUUCCGGACAAGACUGUCACCACAAGGUUGGUUCUCAGAAGUCCCGGUUAUGGAUUCACGGCCACAUCAAUUAUUUUAUGCGCAAUGACUAUCUUGGAGGAGUCAGAAAACAUGCCCUUAAGAGGUGGAGUAUACCCUCCCGGUGCUGCGUUUGCAAAAACGUCCCUGAUAGAGAAGUUGGAUAGGCAUGGUGUCCAUUUUGAAGUCAUACGCUCAACAUGAAGACUUGAAAUUAAUACUCAGGAGACAAUAACUUUUCGAGAAAAUCCCAUUAUAAUAUGACUUUCACUAUCAACAACAUCUUGAGUGUCUAAUGGGUUGAUGAAUCGAGUCAUGCACGAUGUUGAAAAAGACUGUAAAUCAAAACUCAUGAAGUACGUGGAUGUCACGUCAACUUUUCACAUAAUUGAAUUUGAUAUCUAUAAGUUGCUUUGAUAAAGGGAAAAGCGAGAGACUGGGAAAAAGAAGGUCAGUUAUGAAAUAUUCGCUAGGGAUUUAAGAAAAAAAUCGCAGCUUUCGUUACCACCUGAUAAAAAAAUAACGCGAUGACAGCGCCCAAGAAUAUUCCAUUUCUCGUCUUAAAGCACUAGAAGUGCAUAUAUGUAACUAUUUUAAUGUUAAACACAUUACAACAUGAUGUAAAUACAUUAUUUAUUCUUAGAGUGCAAUGUA